UACAGACGUGAGUAAAGCUCGAUGUGAUUAGAAGAUGGCAGCUAACUGUCCUGAUACAGUAUAUAACUACAAAACAGAUUCACAGAGGGCACUGUUCAGAAGCUGGAUUGUCACUUUGUAUCCAUUGACGUGAGUCUGAAACUCUGGCUUUUCCACUCCACUGGUUGCAGCUGGACUUAAAUAAAGCUCUCCCCGUGCUUCAGAAAAUCAUGCUGCUGACAUGUCUGUGUUUACUACAGCACCUGCGGUGGUUUGUGAAAUUGUGCUAUCCUGAAGACAGGGUAACCCAAGCAACGCAUCAGCGCCCAGCCUAACUGGGAACUGCACGAAAUGAGCCUUUCAGUUCCUCAGGCUGCCCCACACUCACUAAAUGAAGUUAGUCCAGCCCCCCCAUCCUCUUCUGUCCGCUACCAGACACACUCACAGAAUUGUUUGUUAAUAGUCCAAUUAGAUAAUUGCCAUCUUUCACUCCUUUUGCACUCUGUUUCCCAUAAAGAAGUGAAUGGCUUCAGGAGGGGGGGGAGUUCAGCAUGAAGAGGGCCCCUGGCCCUGCAAGGUGACAAGAAGGGCCCAAGCCUGUUCCUUGCUCACAACCGUUGGCUUGAAUUGAAUCAUUGUAGCCUAAUCAAUGGUCUUAUUGGAUUACAGACUACUGCUGUUCCCCCAGAUAUUGUUGCGCUGACAAUGAAAAUAGGCGAGAGACUGAGUGGGUGGGUGUGUAGUGGUGUGGAAGAAGUGGGCGAGGGGAGGAGGAAAGGGUCGGUUUGGGGUGUUAGUCCUGGGAUCUCGGACAGGUUUUGUGGGUUUUUGUCUUUUAAUAGGCUCAUAUGAAGUUAAGAGUAGUUGUUCCACAAGUCUCUAGGGCUACGUGAUGGUUUGAACGAUGGUUGCAUGUAGUAGUGGGUUUAUUUUGGCUACUAGGUGACUCGGGGUGGUUGUUACACACAGGCUCGGCUUGACAAAGUCUCGCUUUUGUGAAUCCGCGUUCGUUACCGCUGCAGAUUCCAAACGAAGUGGAUUCCACUUUUUCGUAUUCCUGGUCUCUCCGCCUCCCUUACUGCACGUCUCAUUCUUUCUCUCUCUCUUUCUCUCGGCUCUUCGCCGUUCUUGCUCUCUCUCUCUUUCUUUUGCUCUGUGCUUGUAUUAGCUCCGAUGUGCGGAGGGUGCAGCGCAUGGGAUCGCCCUGUUAUCUGCUGGGGAGAUUCGCAGUAAAGUUUGCCGGCCGCAAACUACACGAAAAUCUUGGGCCCGAGGAAAAAGGAAUGGCUGUGCCGUACCAGGGCAUCAAGGAAUGAAGUGGAACUUUUCUGGCAGUGCCCGUGCUUCGCGAUUGGGACCGUUGAGUGUCGUGGCUCUUUCGCAAUUCAGGACGAAUCAUCUGCCUUGAUCGUACAAGGUUGAAGAGGGGGGUCGGAGUGUGUGGACCCCUCUAUCAGGACAACGUGUGUUUCCCAAACAGUUUAGAGUAUUCAUGAGGUUACGCAAAUGUGGAGGCAGCAAAAUUACCGUAAUCAAUUGAAGCGGCGUGCACGCGUCCGUCCACAGCUCUGAUUACCCGGAGAUCAGCCUGAUGUAAAUGUUACAAGGAGAGGAGCUGUUAAAUUGCUGUUGAAUUUGGGUGAGAAGUCUAUGAUCAUUGGGCAAGUGAGUCUGCACAGAGAUAAUAGGGCAGAUCAGUGGACCGGGCAAGUGCGGACGGCACAUUAGCUAUCUGACUUAGACUCAAAGCUGCUGUUUUACGGAAAGACUAAACCUGUAUUACUCCGAAUAAUACCCAAAACAGCUAUUUCCACUUAUUUUUGCCCGACAAGGAUAAAAAGGGGAGAUCUCUCAUUUGAGAGAAUAAGAGACUAUGGAAGUUCGCUACGGUCAAGACUCGGAGUCUGGAAUGCUGCUGAAGAAUGGACUAAAAGAGGGGAAAGAGGGAAAAGAUUCCCAGGGGAACAUUUCCAAAACGUUCCUGAAGGACCAGCAGGAGUCCUUCUCCCCAUCCGGACAGGUGGAAAAUUGCGAAAAAAGCCGAACGAGCUCGGGAGAUCCUGAUUACUGCCGGAGGAUUUUAGUUCGAGAUGCCAAAGGUUCGAUUCGAGAAAUUAUUCUGCCGAAGGGUUUGGAUCUAGACCGACCGAAACGCACUAGAACCUCGUUCACAGCAGAACAGCUGUACAGACUGGAGAUGGAGUUUCAGCGGUGCCAGUAUGUUGUGGGACGAGAAAGAACUGAACUUGCCCGACAGCUUAACCUGUCUGAAACUCAGGUGAAGGUGUGGUUCCAAAAUCGCCGGACCAAACAGAAAAAGGAUCAGGGUAAAGACUCAGAGCUGCGCUCGGUGGUUUCUGAGACGGCCGCCACCUGCAGUGUCCUGCGUCUCCUGGAACAGGGGCGGCUCCUCACUCCUCCAGGCCUGCCAGGGUUGCUGCCCCACUGUGGGAGCUCUUCCCUGGGCUCAGCGCUACGUGGGCCGUCCCUUGGCAUCACAGCUAACGGAGGUUCCUCCAGCAGCAGUAGCAGCAGCGCGGCCAGCUCGGGCACAGCCGGCGGGAGCCCCCCGCUGCCAACCGUGACCAGUUCAGGAACAGUCACAGGGCUGCAGGGAUCUCCACCGGCCCACGGGCUGUUCAGCUUCCCCAUGCCCUCUCUCCUAGGGUCCGUCGCGUCGCGCAUCUCCUCCACCCCACUCGGCAUGGCCGGGUCCCUCGCAGGGAACUUGCAGGAACUUUCCGCACGUUACCUGAGCUCCUCCGCUUUUGAACCUUACUCGCGGACCAAUGGCAAAGACGUGCUGGACAAGAAAGUUUUGGAAUGAUAGGCUCACUUUUCUUGUUGUUUUGAAAUCAGCUUAAGCUCUAAAUAUCUCUUCUUUUUUUAAUCCAAAAUUUUUCGCUUUGUCAUGUCAGUGCUGUGGUUAUUAACUUCAACUUUUCCCGUCCUGCACACUUGAUGCCUCUCAGUACUGUACAAACGUUGACUCAUUGUACUUUUCAAACAUAAGGAUUUUCAGAGUUUUUUGCACUAAAUCGAAAAGUUUCUCCACCCUGUUGUGAAUUUUGAGGCGAGCAAGAGGAAGGAAUGUAGCAAGAGAACUGAAAAUGCUUGCUGUGGCAAUAUUUUCGGGGCACUUCUUUGGAGUUGGACAGUUAAAUUCAGAUUAUUAAGUGAUCUGAGAAAGCUGCUGGCUAAAAUAUGAUACAGAAACAUAACCUAUCAUAACAUAAAAAUCAUCUUUCACAAUUAUAGUUUAAAGUUUUACAUAGUGCUGUCUGGCAAGAAUUAUAUCUAUUAUAUCCGGAUUCAUUUCUUAAAGUUGGCAUACAGGUAUUCAAUACAGUCAUAUAGUGGCAAACCUAUUCUUCACAUACACAGUAAGCAUAAAAAUGUCACGAAUUUGCCAUACGAAGCUAUAAAAUCAGAUGUCUAUACCAUUUUGUAUUCGUUUGGUUAAAUAUGUUCGAAUCAAAGAAAAGCACUGUCAAACCGUUA